ACCAAGGAGGAUGGUAGGCCCAACAAAGCCUUGUAUGAGUUGUCCAACAAGUCAGCAGCAAACCCAGACCUAUUUUGCCAGCGGAAUGGCGUUGUCAGGGAAGGAGUACGUCCACGUUGGACGAUGACGAAGCCGGAUCGGCAAGUAAUUCGGCCCUCCAAUCACAAGAGCGCCAUUGUCCAUUCUGCCGAAGUCCUCAAACACAUCAGGAAGGGUCAGCGAGAUGGCCGCUAUCUCGUACUCAACGCGAGUGUGAUCGACUCGUGGUCUGACAUAUUCCUCAGCCCGGUUGGAGUGGUUGACAAGGCCGGCAACGAGACACGGAUGAUUAACGACUACUCAUAUCCUGAUGGGGCAUCGGUGAACGACAUUACGGAUCGCUCCAAUAUCCCGCCAGUCUCCUACAACCCUCCCCGCGAUAUUGCGCGCCGGAUCCACGAUUUACGCACGGCCCAGCCUGAUGCUGACGUGUUAUUGAUGCUCGGAGACGUCUCCGGUGCCUUUCGUCACGUGCCUGUCCACGAGGAUGCCGUGCACAUGUUUGCUUUCGCCAUCGACGACUACGUAGUCAUCGAUUUGACCUGUGGCUUUGGCUGGUGUGGGUCGCCGGCCUUUUACUCUCUAGCGGGGUCUGCCAUCAAUGAUAUUUAUGAGGCAAUCAAUGACCGGAAGUUUACCCCGUGGCGCUCCAAGAAUGUUGUGCUUGGCUUAAUGUGGGACGCCGCCGACGGCACCGUAUCCAUCCCAGCGGAAAAACUACAAAGGGCUACCACCAAAGUCGACCAAGUUCUCAAUGCCGGACGUGCCUCCAAAUCCGACCUCCAGAAGCUUCUCGGUGUGUUUCGCCACGUGGCCUCGUGCUUUCCAUCCGCUAGGGCCUUUUACCAGAGGGCUCACACGGCAACCGUGGCAAUGCUGCCUUACGGAGCCCGCGCCCUUGACACCGAUACCAUCGAAGAUUUGCGGUGGUUCAGAGCGGUCAUGCUCAACCAAAACCGGUUUAAUGGGAUUCCAGUAUCACAGUUUGCUGCAACUACGCCCCCGUGCAUAAUCGUGGAGAUGGAUGCUUCCAACACAGGUCUGUGUGCUUUGGACACCAGCCGGCGUGAGUAUAUCCGACUGCAAUACAGUGACGAAGAAUGCGCAGAGCUCCAGAGUGGGUCGUAUCAGAAUUCGAUCAACGUACGCGAACUUCAGAGUGCUGUGCUCGCCGCACUCUUGUGGGGACCGCACUGGCAGAAUGCAUCUCCGACACAGCCCACCCACGUCCAGUUUCACAUCGACAAUAUGAGCGCUGUUUCGUGGGCGAGUCGUCGGUACAGCCGCCACCCUACGGCGCAGCUCUACAAUCGACUGAUCUCUAUGGUUGAGCUCAAGUAUGGCCUAUUCUUCUCUGCCAUCCACAUUCCUGGCAAGCUUAACACAAUGGUGGAUGCGGGAUCACGGGCGUGGACUGAAUCUCAUCCAUUAUGGGCAACGUGGUCUGAUCUUUCUUGUGCGUGGACACAGGUGAACGUCGUACCUCCCUUCGACAAUCUCUCACGCGUGUGGGAGCGAUUCUGUGCAGCCACGCCCUGGCAAGAUCGUCAAACAUGA